AUGAAGGAUCUUGGAGAAUUAAAAUAUUUUCUUAGAAUUGAGUUUUCCAGAAAUGCAGAUGGUAUUCUUAUGAAUCAGAGAAAAUAUGCACUUGGACUUGUAUCUGAACUUGGACUUGUAGGGUGUAAACCUGAAUCCACUCCCUUAGAGUUCAAUCACAAGUUGACAUCCACUAUGUUUGAUAAAUGCACAGGAAUGAAUGCAAAAGAUAAAGUUCUUGAUGAUUAUGGAAAAUAUCAAAGAUUGAUAGCUAGGCUAUUGUACUUGACUAUAACUAGGCCUGAUAUUGCCUUUGUAGUUCAAGUACUUAAUCAAUAUAUGCACUCACCAAAAACCUCUCAUAUGGAAGCAGCACUUAGAGUGGUGAGAUACAUAAAAGGUACAUCACGUCUUGGUUUGUUCAUGUCAAGCAACAAUAUGUCUGAGCUUGUAGCUUACUGUGACUCAGACUGGGGAACAUAUAUAGAAUCCAGGAAGUUAGUGACUGGCUACAUAGUCAAGUUGGGAAGUGCUUUAGUGUCUUGGAAAGCAAAGAAACAAAAUACAGUUUCAAGAAGUUCUGCAGAAGUAGAGUUCAGAAUUAUGGCUACCAUAGUAGCUGAGAUAAUUUGGAUGAAAGGGUUGUUCAAUGAAUUGGGAGUAGAAGUUAAGCUGCCUGUUCAACUGUUUUGUGAUAAUAAAGUUGCUAUUCAAAUAGAAGCACAUCCUAUCUUUCAUGAACGGAAAAAAUACUUUGAUAUAGACUGUCAUUUUGUAAGGGAAAAGAUCAUGGAUGAACUCAUUCAAACUCAACACAUAGGAACUAAGGAGCAACAAGCAGACAUACUUACUAAAGGACUGUGCAAGCCUCAACAUGAAUUGCUAAUUGACAAGUUUGGAAUGAAAAAUAUAUUUUUCAAUUCUCAGCUUGUGGUGGAGUGUUGA